AUGGAAGAAGACACUUAUGCUGGUGGCUGCAUUUCGUACUCCGAGCAUAGGAGAAGAAUUCAAGCUUCUGGGGAGGUGCCCCCUCAUCAGGUUGAGUUUGUUACAUUUCAAAGGACCCACACACAAGAGUCUGAAGUAGGGACUCGACGGUGGAUUAACAACAAAUCCAGACAAAUAACGGAGGGAUUCCAAAAGCUCCAGGAGGAGACAGAAGCACAUGUGACAAAUGAUGAAACCGCCUCCUCUCAGGUCGAUAGCAAUGAACUCUUCAUUAAGGCGACUGAGCUAUUAAAUAAAAAAGGAAGAAUUUUUGGCCUGGGAGCAUCUGCUAGCAGCUUGAAGAGUACCAAGUGUCCCUCCAGACAACUUCCAAGUGUUUCCGAAGAUGAGAUCGCCAGAAUACGAGCAGUGACUGCUAAAUUGGAGGCCGAAUUGUAG